ACGCACUGCAGUCACAUGAGAGGAAAAUGGCGGAAGAGACGAAAAACACGAUAGCUUUGCUAAAUGGCUUAGCAAGAAGAACAUAUUACAAAGAAGAUGAGAUUUCAGACGAAUUCUUAAAGAGUCAGAUAUACCCAGAAAUGGAUGAUGAAGAAUUCAACAGACUUGUAUCCAGGUUCUCAGGACUAAUGAAGAAUAUGGUUUCAGCUGACAUGGAUUUCAACCAAUUAGAAGCUUUUGUUGUGUCUCAAACAAAACGUCGAGAGGGAGCUCUAACGGAAGGACAAGCGAAUGCAUUCCGAAGGUUCUGGAAAUCACACAAGAACAAAAUACACGACAGUUUAGUGGUUGAUACUAAUUGGAACAAUAGUUUAAAACAAGUUUCUUGGAGAAUUGAUGUAAAAUCACAGUCAAAAAAUGUGGAUCAAAUAAACGAACCAACAGCCAUCAUGGAACUGCAGUUACAGGGAAACAGCAUCUCUAAGAAUACUGAGGUUGUUCAGUUUGAGAUGGAUGAAAAUAAACUAAUUACAGUUUUACAAAGUAUGAAAGACAUUGAGAGUGAAAUCAACAAAUACAGUCAUCAGUAAACAAUGUGGAUUAUGUAAUAAGUUUUAUCUAAUAAAUCAUCUACCAAAGAAA